AUGACGAUCCUGCUCUUCCUUGUUGACACAAGUGCCUCAAUGGCACAAAGCUCUUACCUGGGCUUGUCCUUCCUGGAGCACGCUAGGGCAUUAGUAGCUAACAUUCGCAAGGCUCGGGAGCAAAUGAAAGGAGCCGAUCGAUUUAUGCUCGUCACUACAGAAGACUUUCCAAUGGGUAUCAAGGCCGGAUUUCGAGAAGGCAGCCAAAUAUUCGAGCAGUCGGUGAACAAUCUGCGGGCUCAUGGCAAAUAUCAUCUGGGACAAGCUGUCUUGAAUGCAUUGCAAUAUAUCAACACUUAUCGGGCUGCCGCUGCUGACCAAGAUCGAUUUGCGGAAGGACGGUGGUUUUCGAUGCGUAACGAUAAUGUUGUCAUCAUUGUGAUUACGGAUACGAGUGGAGCCACAUCAUUCCCCCCUGAUUUCCAGCUGAGCUUUCCCGCACGCCACCCGGCUGGCGAGUUUAUGGACGAGGCUUUUCGAUGGGACCAGCGUGUAUUCUCGCUUGUGCUCCGGUUGCCAUCUACACACAAGCCCUUUAUCCCGCUCCGAGAAAUGGCACGCCGCCUUGACUGCUUCGAUUCGCCCAUUGACAAUAUUUGUAGGCAGACAGGAGGUCGAUCCUGGACGCUGCAUACGCACGAGCAGAUUCCAAGCUUUGUACAGACUUUUAUGAGUGUCAUGUCAAUUUCGGGAUCCAUGUUGCGAUUCGAGGCGUUGAUUUCACAUAAGAAUGGUCAGAUGGACGAUCGGGAACGGUUAGCGUUGGCUGGGAAAUUGGAGAAACGUCCUCUUUCGAUGAUUUUUGUGCGGAAUGCGGGUACGGUGGCGAGUUCACAUUGGCCGAUUCCGGAAGCUUUUCCGUCUUCAAGCCUGGCCGAAUCUCGCACCAUCCCUCCGCGAAAGGCACAUCCUGUCAUCAACGUCCCACUGAUUCCAGCUGAACCAAAUCACACCUUUUUGGAAUUCCCCUUCGAUCGCUACGAGGUGGAACAAGGACCCCUGGCCGAUUACAUCUUGGAAUUUAGCAACCGCAAUCAGCAGAGUCAGCUGGGAUGGCUGGUCUACGUCCGAAACUCCACCCGCGAGGGCUACGGCAAACCUUUUGGCUAUUUAAAGGCCGCCACAAAUCUGCAGGUCAUUUCUCUCUUCGUGUUGCCCUACAAUUACAUCGCGCUAUUCCCGCUGCUCGAGGAUUUGAAGAAAACCCCGGCUAUCAAGAGCAAUCCGGGCUGGAAAAAGAGCUUCAGCAAGUACCUCGACCAGGUGCCGCCCUACUACCUUUCAAACUUGCGCAAGCAACUCCGACGCUUCAACGUCCCGCCCGAGCUGUUCGAAGAGCAAUGCAAUGUGCCGCCCUAUAACAAUCAAAUUCGGCAUCUAUUGCAGGGUGUCAGAGAAAUGGCGAAGCGCGAGCUCGAGCAGGUCAACAUUCAGGUCCAGAACCAGAACGUUAAUAUGCACAUCGCACAACCGAAGUAUAUGCCUGUUUCGAUUGCUGUCGAAAAGCUCACCUCCAUUCUCCCAAAAAUGGAGCGCACCCAUGAUGGCUCGUGGAAAAUGUGCAAGGAAGAAAUUGACGAGCAGCAAAAGAACACGAUUGUUGAUCCCGAUCAAAAAAUGCCAGAUGAACCUCGUGGAGAGCCAGAUGAAAAAGGAGCACGGCUCACCAUCCGCGAGGCCGUCAUUAGUCGUGCCAAGGACUCGAUGUUUAAAAAUCCGCUUACAAUCAAACGCACGGAACUUGUGCCCAGCCUGGCCACACUGUACGAGAAUUUCCGUCAAAGCACGGCUGACCAGCAGUUCUCCUUCUUGCAGGGAGGCAAGCCGGGAUCGAUUUUGCGUCUGCAAUCUGCAGCUGAAAUCCACGAUCAACCGGUUACUUCUAUGGGCCUUUACGAGGAGUACAUCAGACUUUUGGCGUCAAGCGGAAUGCGACCGCGCGAGAUCGAGGGCAACUCGACGGGCGUGGGCUUCGGCAACCCGUUCGCAAAGAAGAACCUCGGAUCUUUCGGAGUGGAUGAAGUGAUGGAAGGCCCCAACACCGGCCAAAAAGAUGGAGCUGCUCCCGGAAUGCGAAGAGGCGAGAAGGGCCGUGGCGGUGCGCAAAUGCGCCGUCACCGAAAGGCGGGCCCGCUGCCGUGGAAUGCACUCAAAGGAUGGAGGGAGCGAAGAAAGUCGAUCAGCGAACGCUCUUCUAUCGCAUCGGAUUUCUCGGAUAUCAGCGAGCUGGAUUCGGAGAUGGAGGCCAGCAAUGGUUCUGAUUUGAAUGGAAAGACGAUGGAAGAUGAUGUUGCUGCGCCACCACGCAUCAAUGGAAAGAGACACUCGGACGAUACCCCUGACGGCCCUUCAUCACCGCCAAAGAAGCUCCGCCUUGAGCCUCGCCUCAGCACCGGAAGUAACGCCGAGCAACCAGCAAAGCCAGAAGUCACGCGACUGGACGGAGCCGAAAUGCGCAUGGCGCAGCUCAGCAUCACCGACCUGGUGCGACGGUUCACCGGCCGGUGCACGACCAAAGCGGCCGUCGCCCAUGUUCUCAAGCUCGCGAAGGUCGACCUCGAUUUGUACCGGCUCUUCCACUAUGCGGCGCGGGAAGCUGAUCGGUUCAAGCUUGUCCUACUGGCAGAAGCCUUUCGCGUGCAAGGAGAUCGUCUCGGCAAAACCAUCAUCGCCGCCCCCUCCAGCUCCACA